AUGAGACGUUCAUCGAGGCUGAGCAAGCGCAAGGAACUUGAGGAGGAGGUGAAGAAGCAGGCCAAGGCUGACUCCGAAUCCUCCGACGACGGGGAUGAAGAACCCAAAUCGAAGAAGACUCGUAAAGUCGCCUCCCGUGGCAAGGCCGUCGCCACGAAGAAGAAGGCGCCCGCGAAGAAGUCUCAGGCCAAGCCGAAGUCCACCAAGGCCAAGCCGAAGGCCGCCAAGGCCUCGCCUCGCCGCUCCGGCAGGAAGCGCAAGGCCGCAGAGGAGGACGAAGUAGAGCUCACCCCCGAAGAAGAAGAAGAAGAGAAAGAGGAGCAGGAGGCCAAGGAAGAAGAGGACACUGGUCCGGUGCGCCGCUCCAAGCGACUGCGCGCCGCUCAGAAGCAGUCGCCGGCCAAGGCCAAAAAAGUCAGCGACGACGACGACGACGCUGAAGAAGAAGAAGAAGAUGGAGAGGAGGAAGAAGAGGACGGUGGCGAAGAAGACGAUAGCACGGAGAAAAAGAAGAAGGCCAAGCCCGCACUGACGUGGGGCGAGGAGCGCAAGAAGAUGCUCAACGACAGCAGGCGAGGCCGCCGGAGGGGUCCAGCCCAGCUCGUGCGUAGCAACAGCUACUCGGCCAACGACCUCAUCAACGCCUCCUACCGCGACCUGUUCGGCCUCGGUGCCGUCCCGCGUGCCCCGCCCCCUCGCCGCCCGACUCCCGUGGCGGCUCCCGCCACCGCCACUGCCGACGGCGACGACGCUCCCGCCCCCUCUCGGGAUCGGUGGGUGCUGCUGCAACACCACCACUGGCUGCUCAAGCAAGUGCAGGAGGAUGGGCGCGUCGAGGCGGUGACCAACUUCAACAACUUUGGCAUGCCGCAACAGACCAUGCUUGAGGAGCUCGAUGAAGAUGAUGGCGUCGGAGAGGACCACACGACUGGACCCCAGGUGUACACUGACGAAGAGGGCGCGCUGCCUCUCUACUAUGACCCUCCUGCUGAUGGGUCCUCGUGCUUUGAUGAGCUGCCGACCGAGACCGUCAUGCACAUCUUUUCCUUCUUCAAUGCCGCCUGGAAGGGGCUCUUGAGCGACAGCUUCUUCUGGAAGCGCCAGUACCUCGUCGCUGAGCCGCUGGUGUUGAAACCCUACAACAACUGGGGCUGGAAUCAAUUCCAUGCAUACGCCAUGCGGUUCAUUCGGGAUGAACCCAUUGUUGACCGGGAGUGUGCCAUCGCUGACGUCCAAGACCUGACUCAAUAUCAUAACGCUGCCCCCGCGAACCCCAACCUGACGGAUUAUGAAUUUGACGAAGUGUACCACCAAGAUCCGGUUACCGGCUGUGGGCAGUACAUGCUCAACCGCAACGACAAGUACCUCGACAAGAAAUUCGGCCUGGGUCUCCUCGUGUUUACUGCGGGCGGGUGGGGAGGAGGACGUUCGUUCAGGUCCGACGGUUGGUGGCUGGAGCACUACAUGAUCGGAUCGCGCCGCGAAGAGGACCUGCUCCGUACGACUGGCAAGUACAAAAGCUUGUGCAACCCGAAGCUCUGGAGGUGGCGCCUACUCCACUCGGACGGCAAAGACGAAGUCACCGGCGUCUUGCUCCUCAACAUUGGGUACUUGGAGCAACUGGUGGAUGAGGGCCGUUGGCAAGACGAGCUGACCAAGGUCGACGUACAGUUCCUGUACAAUGUCAUGAACGACGCCGCCACCUCGACCGACUUCAGGGCGUACGAGCAGCAGUCAAUUCCCCACUGGCUGCAAUGCCACAAGAGAGAGCAAAAGCAGCGACGCAUUGAAGAGCGGAAGAUGCUGCGCGAGUCGCAGGAGAAUGGCAAGGGCAAGGAAAAGGCCAGCGCUGUUGAUGAAUCGAGUGCGAUGGAUGUCGAAGUCUCGUCGCAGGAGGGUACGUUGGUCGAAAUCGACAAGCCCUUCAGGCACACCAAGCCCGAAGCCGUCGUGUCCAAGCUGUACUCGUAUCAGCUCGAGAGCUUGACCUGGAUGACGGAAAUCGAGGAUCGCGUGAGUCGUGGCAUGUACUGGGAAGCGGUCCGCCUUAUCGGCUUCCCCGAUAACAUCGGCACUCAUAUUUACAUGAGCCCCGAUGGUACAGCGCUGUCCACGUACGAGCAGCUGGACAAGUACAAGCACUUCGUUCGCAUCUACACGCGUGGUGGUAUCCUGGCCGAGGAAAUGGGUCUGGGCAAGACGUUGAUCAUCCUCGCGCUCAUCACCCUUCAGCGCCAGAACAUCGAGAAGAUCUUUGCGCGCGAUGAAGCUCUUUUCCCUCUGGCUGAUAACAUGUUCCGCACCAAAGCGACGCUUGUCCUGUGCCCCAGCCACCUCGCCAAGCAGUGGGAAACCGAAGUGUUGGUCAUCUCGACCAUUCUCCAGCACCGUAAUGUGACCUACAAGGAUAUCCUCGAGGCUGACCUUGUGGUCGUGUCCUUCUCUUUCCUCGUCAACAAAAACUACGAGGGAGUGCGCCCGAGCUGUCAGCCGUCGAGCCUGGGCAAUGACGAUCCGAAGCUGGCGCAAAGGAGGAGCCCACUCCUGACGCAGUUCCGCUGGAUGCGCAUGGUUCUCGAUGAAGCGCACGAGUUGCCCAUGGGCGUCGGCCGCAAGGGCAAGACCGGCAUCGACGACAUCAGCCCCAUCCAGGCCACCUUCAGGUGGUAUAUCACGGGCUCGCCUUUCCCCCACGGGCGCACCUCUCUGCACAAUGCGCUCGACCUCCUGCGCCUCAAGGUCAAGAAGCCCAUCGAUCCAGAUCAAAAGAAGAAGGACAAGACGCCUAUGGAAAAGAACGAGGAGGAAGGCCUCGGCAUUCAGAACUUGCGUUAUGGCGUUACCUACAUGCCCAGCGUGGAACUGGAGGUGAUGAAGAACCUCUAUUGCCGUCACACCAAGCAGUCGGUGAGCAGCGAGUAUACGCUUCCCGGCGUGCAGACCCAGGUGGUGCUGCUCCGCCAAACGGUCGUGGAGCGGGCGCUGUAUGAGGUCGCCAAGAUUGAGAAGCGGGACGACGAAAUGCGCCAGCUUUGCUGUCACCCUCAGCUCUCCAACUCGCACCUCAGAAUGGGAGGUGUGAGGGAUAAGAACCUAUGGGACCUGUUCGGCGAGACCCUCGUUACCAAGAAGCAGCAGAUCAAGUCCACGUCCACGGCGCUCGAUUUGGCCCGGACCAACGUGCAGGCCCACGAAAAGCACUUGAGGGACCUCAAGACCGACUGGAAGCGGCAACGGGCUUGGCUGCCCAACUGGAAGCCCACCAAAGGCGAGCUCGAGCGCAAGCUGGGCCUGAAGAACAGCAUCCGGAAGGAAAAGAAGGAGAUUUCGAGCUUGGAGGCGAGCCUGGAGAUGUACGAAAAGAGUCUGGCCCAUCUCGAGGAGGUCAAUGCCAAGUACGAUAUCGUCAAGCAAGGGAAGAAGAUGGCCAAGGGCAAGCCAUUCGACUCCAAGCUGGAGAAGGAAGACCAAAAAGAAGGCCUGGCCAUUCUCGAGGCCGCCACCAACGCUCUGCCCAGCGCUAUUGAGGACAUGGUGGCUGUCCACGGCUCCAAGAUGCCGCAUCUGCUUUUGUUUGUGCAGCAGCUGUGCGAGGACGACGACAGCAGGAUUAUCAUCUUUUCGCAAUGGACCCGCCUGCUUCUGCUGAUCGGCAACCUGCUGGAGGAUCACGGCGUACGCACCAUUUUCUGCCGCGGCAACGUCUAUCAGCGUAACAAAGCCAUUGCCGCCUUCCAGAAGUCGGUGGACUCGCAGCCGAAAAAGGCAGCCAAGGGAAAGGAGCCCGAGCCCCUGCCUCGCGUGCUGAUGCUGUCUCUGGAAAACGCCGCGUCAGGAACUAACUUGACGCAGGCGUCCCACAUCAUUCUUGUGGACCCGAUUUGCGGCAGCCGCUCACGCGCUCAUGCCAUCGAAGCCCAGGCGAUUGGGCGUGCUCAUCGCCUCGGGCAGACCCAAAAACUCACUGUGGUGCGGUUCCUCGUGGUCGACACGGUCGAACAUGAGACCUACCUCCGCAACUAUGUCACCAAGCAAGAGGACGAUGACGAGGAUGAGCAAGUGCAAGAGCCUGUUGAGGUCACCUCAAAGAGCAAGGACGAAACAAACCCCCUUUGA